GAAGACCCCAGGGGGAGGAGCAAGGGGGGAUCCUAGCGCUGAGCUUUCUCCCCUCCCCUGCCCCCGCGGGGCGCACAGGCAUGGAUGUGCUCAGCCCUGGCCAGGGCAACAAUACCACCUCAGCAGAGGGUCCCUUCGGGGCAGGGGGCAAUGCUACUGACAUACCCGACGUGACCUUCAGCUACCAAGUGAUCACCUCGUUGCUUCUGGGCACGCUCAUUUUCUGCGCUGUGCUGGGCAAUGCGUGCGUGGUGGCCGCCAUCGUCCUGGAGCGCUCCCUGCAGAAUGUAGCCAACUAUCUCAUCGGCUCACUGGCCGUCACCGACCUCAUGGUGUCGGUGCUGGUGCUGCCCAUGGCAGCUCUCUACCAGGUGCUCAACAAGUGGACGCUGGGCCAGGUCACCUGUGACCUGUUUAUCGCGCUCGACGUGUUGUGCUGCACGUCAUCCAUUCUGCACCUGUGCGCCAUCGCGCUGGACAGAUACUGGGCCAUCACUGACCCCAUCGACUACGUGAACAAGAGGACGCCCCGGCGCGCCGCUGCUCUUAUUUCUCUCACUUGGCUCAUUGGCUUCCUCAUCUCCAUCCCACCCAUGCUGGGCUGGCGCACCCCCGAAGACCGCUCGGACCCCGACGCCUGCACCAUCAGCAAGGACCAGGGCUACACUAUUUACUCCACCUUUGGCGCUUUCUACAUCCCGCUGAUGCUCAUGCUGGUUCUUUACGGGCGCAUUUUCCGAGCCGCGCGCUUCCGCAUCCGCAAGACAGUUAAGAAGGUGGAAAAGAAGGGAGCAGACACCCGCUGUGGGGCCUCGCCAGCGCCGCAGCCUAAGAAGAGCGUGAAUGGAGAGCCAGGGAACAGGGACUGGAGGGGGGGCGUGGAGAGCAAGGCAGAGGGUACUCCUUGCUCAAAUGGCGCGGUGAGGCAGGGCGACUACGGCGCCGCCCUGGAGGUGAUCGAGGUGCACCACGUGGGCGACUCCAAAGAACACAUUCCGCUGCCCAGUGCGGCCCCCAGCGCGCCCGCCUUUUUCGAGAGGAAAAAUGAACGCAACGCUGAGGCCAAGCGCAAGAUGGCCCUAGCUCGCGAAAGGAAGACGGUGAAGACGUUGGGCAUCAUCAUGGGCACUUUCAUCCUCUGUUGGCUGCCGUUCUUCAUCGUAGCCCUGGUUCUACCCUUCUGCGAGAGCAGCUGCCACAUGCCCACUCUGUUGGGCGCCAUAAUCAACUGGCUGGGCUACUCCAACUCUCUGCUCAACCCUGUUAUAUACGCCUACUUCAACAAGGACUUCCAAAACGCGUUUAAGAAGAUCAUUAAGUGCAAGUUCUGCCGCCGAUGAUAGGGGAGUAGCC